AUGGGGGCAAAGAGUUUCUGGAAUCAGAUUGACCAUCUUUCAGCCACUGGAAGCCCAGUGACACAGUUUCUUGGGUCCUCUUCCUGUUAUACUUGUUUCUUUGCUGAAGAGUCUGGGGUAGGACUGCAGGAACAGGUAGGAGGACAGGCAGUCCCACUGGAGAGGGCAGACAACCCUGGAGAUGAGUGGUGGGAGAACCAGCCUGCAGGAGCAGCCAGCAGCCCAGAAGCAUCAGAUGGUGAAGGAGGAGGAGACCCAGAAAUGCAACCAGAGACAGCUCCAGUACCUGCCCUGUCAAAGAAGACCAAACAACCUAAAGAAUGUUUCUUGAUACAACCAAAGGAAACAGAAGAAGAUGCCACCAAAACAAGGAAGAGAAGAAAGAAGAAAAUUACAGAUGUUCUUACAAAAUCAGAGCCAAAACCAGGGACCCCUGAAGACCUACAGAAACUGAUGAAGGACUAUUACAGUAGCAAUCGUUCAGAGAUUGAAUUAGAAGAACUACACCUACAAAACUCCUGUUUCCUCAAGGCCAAUGAUUUGACUCAUAGUCUCUCAUCAUACCUAAAAGAAAUCUGUCCUAAGUGGGUAAAACUUCGGAAAAACCAUAAUGAGAAGAAAUCAGUCCUGGUGUUGAUCAUCUGCAGCUCUGCUGUCUGGGCCUUGGCGCUCAUUAGGUCAAUGACAGCAUUUAGAGGAGACAGCAAAAUUUUGAAAUUAUUUGCAAAACACAUUAAGGUACAAGAGCAGGUAAAGUUGCUGGAAAAGCAUGUGGUGCACCUGGGUGUAGGAUCACCGGGGAGAAUUAAAGAACUCAUUAUACUAAGUGGCCUUAAUUUGAACCCCUUAAAGUUUCUCAUUGAACAUGAGAUUGUAAGCCAGAACUCCAGCUGGCGCGAGGAUAUGCCGCUCUCUGGGUCCAGUAAUAUGGCACUGGGCUAUCUGAACCUUGGUGUUCCCACGACAGCAGUCAUGCUGAAGGAAGAGAUCCUGCCCCAGCCAUCUCCACCUGUAAAGACUACAGUCUUGCAAUGGAGGGAGAAUUGCCCUUCAUCAGCUAUGGGAACAGGGACUAUAAGAGACAAGUCCCCAGAUCUGAAAAGAGGACAGCACCUCAAAGCGAAGCCAGAGUGCUGA